AUGGCCUUCGUUCCCAGACCCAGAAAGAGGGUCUUCGCAAUUCUUCGCGCCCCUGAUGGAAGCGCCUUUCAGAAAUGUGAAAUAUGUGGGGUUUCUGUUGCUGUUGCCUUGGCUGAUAUGCACCACUGUGAUACAAAGAUGGGUUCUAAGUCCAAGAGGUUCAAGGGAAUGCAAGGGAUGCGAAGUGUCCCCAAGAGCAAUGAUCAAAGAUUUAAGAACCAACCCGCGUCACCUUUUCGUCUCUUCAUGGAAAGCUUUAUGAAGAGUUGCAAAAUUAAAAAUUUUCUUGAAGCUGAUAGAGCAGGGGUUGAAAGGUGGCAAAAAAUGUCCCAUGAGGAUAAGCAGCCAUAUGUUUGUCAUGCUAGAGUAUUGGACUAUAACCACCAAGAAGCUCUGAAUAAGGAGGCUAAUGAGAUUAUAAAGGUGGACGACGAAGCUGAUUCAGCAAUGGUUGGGAAGUUUGAUAAGUACGGUUGGUUCUAUUUAGACUCCUCAGAUGACACAGAAUCAUCUUCCAGCUGA